CGCGUGCGUGGGAGGGGGGUGCGUGUCUCUCUCUUUCCCCUCGGCUCUUCUUCCGCCUCGCGGCGAGCACGUGCGGCAGAAGGACGGCGGGCCGCUGGAUUUAGCAAGGACCUGGAGGCCUUUCCAUGGGUCUCACCAAGCAAUACCUGCGCUACGUGGGCACUGCCCUCUUUGGAGUGGUCACCAGCCAGAAAGGCAAUAUUGUCUAUGUGACUCUGCGGGGCGAAAAAGGUCGUUAUGUCGCCGUGCCAGCCUGUGAACAUGUUUUCAUCUGGGACACACGGAAAGGAGAGAAGGUUCUCAUCCUCCAGGGGAAGAAACAGGAAGCUACUGCUCUCUGCCCAUCCCCAGAUGGUCUGUAUUUGGCUGUUGGAUACGAGGAUGGAUCAAUUUGUGUAUUCAGUCUCCUAAGUGGUGAAGGAAAUGUCACUUUCAAUGGUCAUAAAGCUGCUGUCACUGCCUUAAAAUAUGAUGAUCUCGGCGGGAAGCUGGCUUCAGGAUCAAAGGAUACAGAUGUCAUCAUUUGGGAUGUGAUCAAUGAGAGUGGUUUGUACCGACUGAAGGGCCACAAGGAUGCUGUUACGCAGGUGCUCUUCUUGAAGGAGAAGAAUAUACUGGUUUCCAGUGGAAAAGACACCCUUGUGAAAUGGUGGGACUUGGAUACUCAGCACUGCUUCAAAACUUUGGUUGGGCACCGUACUGAGGUGUGGGGAUUAGCUUUGGUUUCUGAAGAGAAAGUUCUUAUAACUGGUUCUGCUGACAGUGAACUGAGGGUCUGGAACAUCAACUAUAUCCAUGAACAGGACCAAGACCCGAGUGAGCCGGAGUACAAGAGAAGCAGAAGACCUGCGCAGAGCAUGGAAGGGUCUCCAGAAGAGGAUGGGACAAAAGAUCAAGAUGAGACCCAGGAUGAGCACAUUCUGAGGUGCCAGAAAGCUGGUUCUGUCAUGCGGGAAGGAAGGGACCGAGUUGUUAGUCUUGCCACUGACCGGACGGGGAGAGUUCUCGCUUGCCAUGGAACAGAUUCUGUCCUGGAAAUGUUCUAUGUUCUUAGCAAGGAAGAGGUUCGCAAAAAAAUAGAGAAGAAAAGGAAGAAAGCCAGGAAAAAGGCCAAGCAAAAGUCAAAUGCAGAGGAGGAAGAGCUUGAUCACAAUGUGGAGUGCAGCCUGCAGGAAAAGAUUCAACGUCUCAUUAGCAUCAAAGCUUCUGCUAAAAUCAAGUCUUUUGACAUGAUACUCAGUCCAAGAGGGGAGCUGAAAGCUACUGUAAUGCUGCAGAACAACAUAAUCGAAUCUUACACCUUGAACCCAUCCGCACAGUCAUCCCAAGCUGUGCAGAUGUCUAAGAUAACUAUUGGGGGCCACCGCAGUGAUGUCAGAACAGUAUCGUUUAGCUCUGACAACAUUGCUAUUCUCUCGGCUGCUGCUGAAUCAGUUAAGAUUUGGAACAGGUCUACGUUGCAGUGUAUCCGCACCAUGGUGUGUGAGUAUGCACUUUGCUCAGUCUUUGUCCCAGGAGAUCGACAAGUCAUCAUAGGCACCAAGUCAGGGAAGCUGCAGCUAUUUGAUCUGGCUUCUGGAAGUUUAUUGGAGACCCUUGAUGCUCACGAUGGGGCCCUCUGGUCCAUGUGUCUUUCGUCAGAUCAGCGUGGGUUUGUAACCGGAGGUGCAGACAAAUGUGUCAAGUUCUGGGAAUUUCAGCUUGUGAAGGAUGAGAAGAGCAUCCAAAAGAGGCUCUCUAUGAAGCAAACCCGUGUCUUGCAGCUGGAUGAAGAUGUCCUCUGUGUCCGGUACAGCCCCAACCAAAAGCUUCUGGCUGUUGCCUUACUGGACUGCACUGUAAAAAUAUUCUACACUGAUACCCUCAAGUUUUUCCUCUCUCUCUACGGACACAAGUUGCCAGUGCUGUGUAUGGACAUCUCCUAUGAUGGCACAUUAAUUGCAACGGGCUCUGCUGACAGGAAUGUGAAGAUCUGGGGCUUAGACUUUGGGGAUUGCCACAGAUCUCUUUUUGCCCAUGAUGACAGUGUGAUGUAUCUCCAGUUUGUACCCAGGUCCCACCUCUUCUUUACAGCAGGGAAGGACCGCAGGAUUAAACAAUGGGAUGCUGAUAAAUUCGAGCACAUCCAGACCCUGGAGGGGCAUCACCGGGAAGUGUGGUGCCUGGCACUCAGCCCCAGUGGUGACUAUCUUGUGUCCUCCUCUCAUGACAAAUCGUUGCGUCUCUGGGAAAGGACAAGGGAGCCGCUUAUUCUGGAGGAGGAGAGGGAGACGCAAAGAGAAAUGGAGUAUGAAGACAGUGUAGCUAAGGAGGACCAGCCUGUGGUUGCUGGGGAGACUCAAGGAGAGGUUGGAUUAGCCGGGAAAAAGACCAUUGAAACUGUCAAGGCAGCUGAGCGGAUCAUGGAAGCCAUUGAGCUCUACAGAGAGGAGACUGCCAAGCUGGAAGAACACAAAGCUAUCUGCAGAGCUGCGGGAAAGGAGGUUCCUCUUCCUGUAAACCCAAUUCUUCGGGCAUAUGGCAAUAUUUCUCCUUCUGCUUAUGUGCUAGAUAUCCUCAAGAAAGUGAAGUCAAGCGAAUUGGAAGAAUCUCUGUUGGUGCUGCCCUUCUCAUACGUGCCUGACCUUCUCGUGCUCUUCAACCAGUACCUUCAGUUGGGUUCAGAGGUAGAGCUGCUCUGCCGGGCUCUCCUGUUUCUGCUCAGGAUCCACUUUGGACAGAUCACAAGCAAUCAGCUUCUUGUUAAGGUGAUGCAGAAUCUGAAGAAAACCACCAUCUUUCAAGUCAGUCAAGUGAGGGAUGUGCUGGGGUUUAAUAUGGCCGGUCUGCAGUUCCUGAAGAGAGAAAUUGAGGCCAAAGAUGAAGUGACUUUUUUUGCUGAUGCUACUGACCGAUUUGAGGAGAAAAAGAGGAAGAGAAAGAAGAAACAGAGGAUGAUUCUUGCAGUGGUCUAACUACUGCCACAGCUGGAGGAACUUGUUCCAGCAGUGGUGUGUUGGAUUUCAUGAGUUUGGGAUGGGGCAAGGUCUUGGUUCUGUAGAGAAAUGCAGUAGAAUUGUAUGGAGUUCUCACCUAGAGAAGUUCAGCUCAAGAGGGAAGGACUGCACUCCAUCCCCAGGCUAUCUUUUCACCUACUGUUUGCAGCUGCCUUUCCUUAACUGUGAUUUGGCACCUUAAAAACCCUACCAGGCCUCUUCCUGCCCAGCGAAUCAGGAUCCACAUGAGCAAAAUGAUGACCUCACUUCACAGUCAAUCGGGUUUGUGUAUGUGACAAAACGAAGCCAAAUUAUCCUGGAUCAGCGAACAUUUUAGCCUUGUUCCGCAACACUCCCCCCUCAUCCUCAACAUGUUUGCAAAUAUAGUAGCUUGCAAUUAGAACCUGCUGUUUAUUUCUAAAGCCUUUUUUUUUAAAAAAAAAAUUGUCGUGGAAAUGCUUUGAUAAUCUAAUCUGAAGUGCUUGGUUUGGUUUCAUUUGAGAUUAACUGAAGUAAAGACUUGCAGAUACAAAAAUA